CCCCGGGGAUCAGUACCAGCGUCCCUGCAGGAGCUGGUGUACUCUUCCACGUUGAGGGACCCCUGUCUGCCCCGCCACCUCGAGUGGCAUGCAGCCACUUUGGAGGUGGUGCAACUGCGGGCGCACCAUCCCGGCGUAGCACCGCUGCUCGCCGCCUUGCCUCGCCUGCGCGAGUUGCAGUGCACCUUGCUGGAGGACAUGCCGGCGCUGCUGCAGUGCCCCUCGCUGAGGACGCUGUUCCUCAUCGUCAACCUAUACUCGUCUACGGAAGCCUUCAUGCCCGCAGUGACGGAGUACCUUCGCUCGGCCGUCUAUCGUCUAGAGGAGCUCGUCUUGGAGUUUCGUGAAGGCGAGGACCACGGCGCGGCGACCAAUUUAGUGUCGAGUCUGGCAGGCUCGCGAAAUGCCGCGCCGACCCUGCGCAUCCUGAAUUUCGCGACUGAGAAUGGUGUUUACGGGGAAGACUCGUUGCGACUGAUGCUGCCCCCUCUGGCCGCCACACUUCACCGACUUAAGCAUCUCAGGACCUUGUGCCUCCUGGCUGUGUCGAAUGACCUUCUGGAGGCUCUGGACGGCAAAGUGCUGCCCAACCUGAAGAAUGUGACCUUCGGGGUUGGGACCAACUGCCUCCAUGAGUGGGCCCACGGGGAGCAAGUCUCAGCUGUUUUUCGGAGGUGCCCGCGGCUGCAUUUAACAGCUUACGCUCACCAAAGUGAUUUUGAAUCGGAUUGCCUAUACUGCCAGGAGCACAGCUGCCAUACCUUCUCUACACACGGUGGCGAUGGGUGGACCUUGUUCAGUCACUCCAAGCACGCACGCUGUGGUGUUAAGCACCGUGACGGAGAAAUGCGCAUUAGUCUAUGAUGAAUGAAGUGCAAACAGUUAACUUGUCUGUGUCUCUUUGCGUGUGUACUGAGGUACGCUUGAUAUUCUUGUUUAUAUUAUCCCUAUUUUCCAGCAUAUCUUUUCCGCCUUUGUAUUUUUGCCGUUUCGCUGAUAAAAAUAAAAAAUUCUUUUCUCAACUUAUUAUUUACGGCCUAACUCUUGUGUACUCAAAUCACUGAGUUUUGAUACUCUUACGAUGUUUCAUAUAAAAAUACAGAAGUUUAUUAUAUUGCUUUUUAUAUUAUAAGGCCACGGUAAUAAUUCACGGUU